UAUCAAUAGCGCUCUUGAGUGUCCAGUGUCACUCACUAUUUACUCUCAUCAAGGCAACUAGUAUCAAGAGUCUUUAAUCCGAGAAACGUCAAGGUCAACAGCAAUCCCCAAAAAGAUGUCGGCAGCAUCAUUUGCAGCACUGCGCAGAAGCCAAGGUGACGAGCUAGCCAAGCUCGCCGAGGACCACUUCAAGCAUGAUCUGAACGAAGAAGAUCGCGACCUAGUCCGAAAAGCCGCCUCGAAAUUCUCGACUCACGCCCUCAUUGGGUCGCUCGCUGGCAUUGCUUUUGGUGGCUACCUCGCAUUUCGUGUCCGGGCCAACCGGACCAAGAUGUACCAGGCCUUCCGUGCAAGAGAGAAGCCUGUGGCAGUGCGCUUUGCCGAUGGGAGGGAGGAAGCUAUCCCUGAUGUCACUCCGCUGCUGAAGCCGACGCCUGUGGGCGACAUCGCCGCGUAUACCUUUUUUGGACUUGGAGGGUUGUUUGUUGGUGGUGAAUUGGGUCUACUGACGGGGAGUUGGUCGGCGAGGAGAACGAUCAGUAAUGACCCUACCACCAAGGCUCGUCUAGAAAAGGCGUUCAAGUCAUUCAGAGCAGAUGUGCUACGAAAACAAAUUGACGAGCUUGAAAGAGGUAACAAGGAGACUCUUCUGGAGGAAGGUUUCUAGGCAUACUCUGGUUAACACAGUGUAUCAUUUUGGAUCUCGGAUCUAUAUCCAUUGGUAUGCGAUUUCAUAUCCCACGAUCAUCUGGAGAUGAGGAACAGCUCAUCAACAUAAAAGCCCGUUAUUCCGACCUAGAUCUCAGUCACAUCGUGGACCUAGUUUUCGAAGUCAAAGAUAUCUUCAUCUUCAUCUUCA